GAAGAAAUUAAUGAAGUAAAAAAAACAUAUGGAAAACUUGUUAGAUUUGAUUUGCAUAGAAGAAUGUAACAUCGACGUAGAUGAAAAUUUGAUUUUACCCAUUUCCCCAAAAGCAAAGAAAAUCCAAUUAAAAGCAUCCACAUCAAAAUUAAACCCCAACAGAUUGGGGGAUGAGGUUGUUACUGAGGAUAGUACCGUACAUAAUGACAUAACAAAAUAUUUAAAUCUUAAAAUUUCAAUUGAGGAAGAGGAUAUACUUCAAAAGGAUGUCCUACUUUGGUGGAAACGACAAGAAAAAAAUUUGCCAAAGCUUUCAAGAUUAGCAAGAAAAAUAUUAGCAAUUCCUGCAACUAGUGCUACUUCUGAAAGAGGAUUUAGCAUAGCCGGAAGGUUUUUAUAACAAAG